AUGUCAGUGACCACGUUUGAGGUGCCCGUGUUCUCGGCCGAGGCAGCCGGCACUGCAGUUUUCCACGGCGCGACCCGACUCGAGAUCAACCGUGGCGGGUCGUAUGCGGUUGGCGGACUGACGCCAACCCUAGAGGAGGUGAGGGCAGCAGCGGCCAGUCUGGGCGGGCAUUCUGUGCCUCUACGGGUGAUGAUCCGACCGCGAGGAAAGCCUUUGAGCGGCAGGCCCGACUUUCUGUAUACGGACGAGGAGCUGGACGAGAUGCGGACAUGCAUCGGGGUCUUUGUUGCGGCUGGGCUGCUGCGACCCGAUCGAGGCGACGGGUUUGUCUUUGGGGUUUUGGAAGAGGCGGAGGAGACAGAGACGGCGAUGGAAAAGGCCGUCCGGAUCGACGUGGCCCGGUGCCAGAUGCUUGUCCAGGCGGCCAGCCCGUUUGCCUGCGUGCUGCACCGGGCCUUUGACGAGGUGAUGGCGACAAUGGGAGCCGACGGCGGGAUCGCGGCAGCGAUCGGCUGUGGGUUUGUCGGCAUCCUGACGGCUGGUGGCGUGGGCGCAGAGGGAGCGAUGGCCAACCUGGACAUGUUGCGGAAGCUGGUGAGCAGGAAGGGGACAAAGCUAGAGGAGGUCGAUGGUGAGACAAAAGACAUGGACACGUUGGAAGUCAUCAUCGGCGGCGGUGUCCGCAGCAGAAACCUCCCUGAGCUGAUGACCAUUCUGUCUUGUUCUCGACGGCCAGUGGCCUUUCAUUCGUCCUGUCUGGGCGCAGAAAACGAAUCCGAGACUGUUGACGGAAACGAGGCAGCCAAGAUCGUGGAGUUGCUACGGGUCGGAGACGGUAGACGGAAGUAG